AUGACCAUUACGGAGCAUCCCGAGACUAAACCCAAGUGGUGGAAGGAAGCCACGAUCUAUCAAAUUUAUCCAGCCAGCUUCAAGGAUAGCAAUGACGACGGAUGGGGCGAUUUGAAAGGUAUCACUUGCAAGCUGGACUAUUUGAAGAAAUUGGGAGCAGACGCUAUUUGGGUUUGUCCAUUUUACGACUCUCCUCAACAGGAUAUGGGCUACGACAUUUCAGACUAUGAGAAAGUGUGGCCCACCUAUGGUACUAAUGAAGACUGCUUUGAGCUAAUUAAAAAGACGCAUGAGCAGGGCAUGAAGUUCAUCACUGACUUGGUAAUCAACCACUGCUCUACUGAGCAUGAGUGGUUCAAAGAAAGUAAAUCUUCUAAGACCAAUCCGAAACGUGACUGGUUUUUCUGGAGACCACCUAAAGGCUUUGACAGUGAUGGGAAGCCAAUUCCCCCAAACAACUGGAGAUCUUUCUUCGGUGGCUCUGCGUGGACUUUUGAUGAAACUACUAAUGAGUUUUACUUGCGUUUGUUUGCAUCCGGUCAAGCAGAUUUAAACUGGGACAACGAUGAUUGCAGAAAGGCGAUUUAUGAUACCGCUAUUGGAUUUUGGCUAGAUCAUGGUGUCGAUGGCUUCCGAAUUGAUACUGCUGGUCUAUAUUCAAAACGUCAAGGACUCCCAGAUUCCCCGGUCUUUGACAAAAAUUCAGAAUGGCAGCAUCCUAACUGGGGUUCACACAAUGGUGCCAGAAUUCACGAAUUUCACAGGGAAAUACGCAAAUACAUUGAGGACAGGGUUAAGGAUGGCCGUGAAAUAAUGACUGUCGGUGAAGUGGCACAUGGUAACGACAAUCCACUGUAUACUAGUGCAGCAAGACGUGAGAUGAGCGAAGUGUUUAGCUUCGCUCAUGUCGACAUGGGAGCGAGUCCAUUUUUCCGUUACAAUACGGAGCCAUUCACCUUGAAAAAAUGGAAGCAGGCUAUUGCUGAUAAUUUUCUCUUCGUCAAUGGAACAGAUACGUGGUCUACUAUUUAUCUCGAAAACCAUGAUCAACCACGUUCAAUUACCAGAUUUGGUGACGACUCGCCAAAGUAUCGCACUUUGUCUGGCAAGUUGUUGGCUUUAUUAGAAAGUUCAUUGACAGGUACUCUGUACGUCUACCAAGGCCAAGAGCUAGGUCAAAUUAACUUCAAAAACUGGCCCAUUGAGAAAUACGAGGACGUUGACGUCAGGACUAACUAUCAGAUUAUCAGAAAGAAAUUCGGAGACAACUCAAAGGAAAUGAAAGAUUUUGUUGAGGGAAUUGCUUUGAUGUCGAGAGAUCACUCAAGAACUCCAAUGCCAUGGACAGCAGAAAAUCCAAAUGCUGGUUUCUGUGGGCCAGAUGCAAGCCCUUGGUACUUCUUGAACGAAUCUUAUCAAGACGGAAUCAAUGUCGCACAAGAAUCAGAAAAUGAGCACUCUGUAUUGAACUUCUGGAGAAAAGCCCUGAAAACGAGAAAAGAGAACAAAAAUGUUAUGAUCUAUGGGUAUGAUUUCGAAUUCCUUGAUUUGGACAGCGACAAGCUGUUCAGCUUUACUAAAAAAUUCGAAGAUAAAACCUUGUUUGCUGCUUUAAAUUUUAGCGCCGACGAAGUUGAAUUUAAGCUGCCAUAUGAAAAUGCUUCGUUAUCCUUGAUUCUUGGAAAUUAUGACGAGGUUGAUGAUACAUCUAGAGUUCUCAAGCCCUGGGAAGGCAGACUUUACUAUGUCAACUGA